AUGUGGAAGAUGCAGCAAGACGUUUGUGCAUCUUCACUGGUCAGCUCAUUUGUCAGCGGAGCUGGCUCUAAUCUCCCUACCGUGAAAUCUUCGGAUUUCACGGCUGCUUCACAGUUCAACAGCACCGUCAAAUAUCGAGUGAUUCGGUCAAGCCAACGAGCCUCCUACUUAAGGUGUGCCGCGGCCUGUCUCAAGGAAGAAUACUGCGAAUACUUCAGUGAUACCAAAGAUACCAGACGGUGUGAAUUGAGCGAUGACUCGAUCGUGUCAGUCAACGAAGAGAAGUUGAAAUACUUCAAAAGAAAUGGUGACUCUCCUUGCUUUGUGGAGGGACCUCUUGGGAUGGAAGAUGGUCGCAUCCCGGAUGAAAGCAUCACAGCUUCGUCAUUCUAUAGAAACCUCCCUACUUAUGCCCCACCCAGGACCAGGCUUUAUACUCAAGGAUCAGCUGCAGCCUGGUGCUAUGACGGAUCUGAAGACAGUCCAUGGAUACAGGUUAACUUCAAUGGUACAGUCACCAUCACUGGUUUGAUCACCCAGGGGCGUGGUGACCGAUACAACCAAUGGGUGACAGAGCACCAGGUGUCGUACAGUGAUGACGCUCAGUCCUGGGAUCAAGUGACUGAUGCGUUUGGCACACAAAUAAAGUUCGCUGGUAAUUCGGACAGGAGCACGUUGGUAACCGCUCGGUUCCCAUUGGCAUUGCGCACAAGAAUCCUGCGCAUUCACCCCACUGCAUGGAACAAGCAUUGCAGCAUGAGGUUUGAAGUGAUUGGCUGCUAUUAAUCACAUUGAAUUAGUCGAUAACUGGACUGGAAAUAAUCGAUAUCGAAAGGAAUCGAUAAUUGAAACCCAUCUUUAUAUUAAUUGUGUAGUUACAAUACGCCUGGUGAGAUUGAUGUUGCAUAAAACAGUAGGUCUAUACUCAGAGAUCUACACGUAGUUUGAUUUUCAAAGGUCACUGUAUGAUAAACUUUUAAAAGUAACAAAAAAUGUCUAGUGAAGUCAAGCUUUUUCUUUUAAAUUAGCAACUUUUUAAUUAGCAUUCAUUUAUAUAUAUGAUAGUUCUCAUUGGUAAAGAGCAUCGCCAUAUGGCUUGCUAUAAACAAUCGUUUAAACACCGGAGAAAAGUGUUUAAACCGACCAAUGAUAAACGUGGCCACUCACUAAGGACAACAAAUUAUGGUUUUGUCCCCUUUGUGUUCAGUUGUGUUCAUUUUAAAAAGAACAUAAUUUUUGUUAUAUAAUAAAGCAAUUAUUUAAUGUUUUUUGAAAACCAUCUUUUGAAUGACAAAAAAGCGGCCGACAUGACCAGCUUCAUCGCUUUCCACGCGCCGUCUAGUAAGCUUAGUAGCGCCACCUUGCCCGCAAACUCCACGACUAUCGUUAUCGUAAAUUGGAAGGAGUUGGCCUUAGGUACAAGGCACCAACGUAUAAGUGAUCAUGUUAUAGCUGUUCUUUUCCUCCUGUUUGUUGUUAAAAGUACGCCUGUAAUUUGCCUGUAAAUAAAUGUAAGGGAUAGGGGACUUAAUUUUGUAAAACUCAUAAAACUGUGAGCAAAACUACUCGUUUUGUAAGUUCCAAAGUUGUAAAAAAAAAUUAUGUACUUCAGGAUAUAACAGAUGGUACUGUGCAGUUAUUGUCGUCAUAGAUUAAGUAUUUACCCGGGAAAUAAACGUCCAAUUUCGAGGAGA